ACGGCAAAUAUGGCGCAGCCCAGGUGCUUUCUGGGCGGCUGUCUGACGUGAUGUAAACACGUCCGUGUUGUGCUUUCGUAAUCGCUGUUCGCCGUUGGUUAAGAUGUCGUGGUGACCAUCGGGCCUCGAAGGAACCUCGCAGUUCACAAUGAUACGCGUGUUCGUGCCCACGUACCGACAAGUGGACGCCCCGAAUGGGCGUCAGCACGUCGUGUACUGCGUCGAGGUGACCGUGUCGGGCGUGUGUCAUCGGAUGGAGCGCAGGUACAGCACAUUCCACGCGCUCCACAAGAAGGUCAAACGCAUGCUCGGAAGCCAGGCACCGUCGGGAUUUCCCCCGAAGCGACUCCGCGGUCUCAACCCCAAGUUAUUGGAACAACGACGCGCCGCGCUCGAACGUUACCUCCAGGAUUUGGUUCGCAUUUCGGCUCUUUCGUCACAGCUGUUGUCCUUCCUCGAAGUGCCUACGCCACUGUCGCCCGCGGCGAGCAACGGCUCCGUCGACAGCGACGACCAGGAGUUCAAGCCGCUGCACCAGCCUGUCCUGGGUUUUCCCAAGGACCCGUAUUUGGACACCUCCAGCAGCGACUCGCUUCCCGACAUUGUCAUGCAGGGUGUCAUGACUGGCCUGUUUGGCUACGACUACGACGAUUAGCGACCGCGGCUUCAUUACCGUAUCGACUUCCUCCGAUGCACACCACACCCAUGGUCAGCGCACCCAUUUGGUUAUCACGGAGUUGUAUUUUUGUUUUUCUGUUUUCGCUUUUGUUUUUUUUUUUUUGCCGACGGUGUAACGAAACGUGAGCACCGCUUGCGCGUUGCGAAGUGCCAUCGUGUUUAGCGGGUUGCUUCAUUAACCCGCCGACACUGUAGCCUCAGGAGCGAGUGCGUUCUGUCACACAAGCCGGUUAGUAUGGUUAAGUUUGUUUUCACGUGUUCAGUUUCGCUGAUGUCUGUAACUAGUACGCUCACAUGAUGUCACUCUUCCUCGUUGGCUGUCGGCCGGCCAGUGGUCACUAUGCUGCACGCCAUUCGUUCUCUAAACAGGCAGCACGCGACGACGACGAAUUUUACAGUAUUUGCGGAGUCACAGUUUUGUUAUUGCGAUAGCUCAGGUUUGAGGCGUACUUUUAUUCCUUGAUAGUUUCGACGCACAUUUAUGUUGCCUUUUUAUUUGCCCUCUGCGCGUCCCUGUCGAGCUUUUACACCGAUUUACAAUGGCUGCAGGGCGCGUAGCAUAGAAAUAUUUUUGCAUAUACCUCAGUUACCUGCUGCAUUAGUUUUGGUGUUGUUUACAGAUUGUUUUCUUGCUAUGUUGUUAUUGUAACAUCGUUAUUCAAGUUUAAAACUACAAGAUGUUGUGUAACAAUAUGCAAGCAUUUAACCAAUGCAAGUCACAAGUGCUUAUACAUUUUCAAAGAAAUUUGCAUUAAAACCUGUACUGUCCAAGUA